UAGACAGCUUCGAAUCGGUGCCGAUGUUCCGGCAGAUGUGGAUUUUGUUUAUACUUUCAAGUGUGUUUUACGUUUGAUCGCUUAACGUUCACUUCUCGACUCGAAGUGUACGGUGUACGUAAAAAUUCAAACAAUGUUUCGCACAGUUCAACGAAUACCGACAAUAUAUUAAGUAACGUUGGUGUAAGAUUGAAAUAAUAUAUGUUUUCACGUUGAAUGCCAUCGAUAUGAAAGUGUACGGUUGCAUUCUCCUUUGUUAUUGCAUCUGCAGUAAACGUGUAUGAAAUACGAUCGCUGAAUAAACAUUUUUAUUACUGUGCGAUUUAUUGCACAUGCAGUACUAAGCUUAAAAUUUGGCUGCACAUUCUGCAUUUGAAAAUUUAUUCUAUCUUGCAUUCAAUCUCUUUGCAAACUACAUUACCAGAAUUGUAAAAUAUUGAUUGUACUAUUUUUACUUGUGUAAAGAAAUAAUAGUGUCAUUUAUUGAAUACUGUCCUAAUUAAUGUGUAAAAAUGGCAUCUUCUGAAAUUGAUGAUUUUUUGUCUGGACCUUUGGUAACAUGGUUUGUCAGUUGCCUAGAGGAUCCUAAUUCAUUAACAAGUUACGAUGACUUGGUGGAUGGUGUAUUAUUACACAAUGUAUUUUUGCAAAUAGAUCCUGAACCAGUAUAUGUUGAAGUAAUACCUUCAGAAGGAAGUUCAUUAAUUCGCACAAAAAACUUGGAGGUCAUAGUGGAUAAUAUGAAACAAUUUUAUGAAGAGGAAUUAGGUCAUAUAAUCUUGAAGUUACCAGAUACAUUAAAUUUAGGCAAGGAACCGCAACUAUAUAUUUCCGAAAUGAAAUUGUUGUUAUUGUUGCUCCUUGGUUGUGCUGUACAGUGUCCUAACAAAGAAAAAUUUAUCACGAAUAUAAAAACGUUAAACGUUGAUACACAACUUGCAAUAGUCGAAUGUAUUAAACAGGUCACAGAUUAUCAAGACAUAGUUAUUACUCAAGAUGCAAUGGAAAAUGUAAAUAUGGGAUGUUUAUUUGUACAAAUAAAAAAAAUGACUCAAGAAUUAGAUUUAUAUCGUCAGAAAUGGAGAGACACUAUCAUAAACGAGAGUAUUGAAAGAAAUGAUUCGUCAAUUAGUGUAGAGACUGAAGAAAUGAACAAAGUGCAGCAGUCUAAUCCUAUUGUUAAAUCAGAACGCGAAGAUAAUCAUCAUUAUGCAGUUGAAUUGGCCGACUGGAAAUCAAGACUUAGAAAACAACGACAAGAAUUAGAAGAAAAAACAGAAGCAUUAUUGGAAAGUAAAGAGGAACUCGAAUACCUUAAAAUAUUAGUAACUAAAUUAAAGCAAGAGAACCAAGAAUUAAUGCACGAAGCACGCACAGCAAAGUCUUAUAGAGAUGAAUUAGAUGCAGUAAUUGAAAGAGCAGAUCGUGCUGACCAAUUGGAAUUAGAAGUAGUAAGAUAUCGGGAGAAACUCACGGAUAUAGAAUUUUACAAAACUCGAAUAGAGGAACUACGCGAAGACAACAAAGUUUUAAUGGAGACUAGGGAAAUGCUAGAAGACCAAUUAAAUUCAUCAAGAAGAAGAGCAGAUAAAGUAUUGGAAUUGGAGUCUGAAAUUAUUAAGUACAAACAAUUAUUGAAUGAUAUGGCAUUAGAACGUGCGGUUGAUAAAGAGAAAUAUCAAGAGCUAGUCGAAGAAAAUACUCAGUUGCAUAAACUAACGAAAGCUGCUGCAAAUGAAGCUGCCUUAGCUACUUCUAUAAGUGAUUCUGAAGAACCAGCACACGCUGAUAAUAGAUUAUCUGAACAAUUGACAAAUAAUGCACAAACACGGGCUUUGAAACUAGAAUUAGAAAACCGUCGAUUGGUUACUUUAAUAGACUCUUUAAAAGAAAGUUCAUUUCAUGAAAAUUCAUCUCGUGUGUUGGAAUUAGAAAAAGAAAAAAAAAAGCUGCAAUUAAAGGUCGAUUCGUUAAAUGAUAACAUUGAAAGGCUAACGCAACAAAAUUUAGAUUUGGAAUUGGUAUGGAAACAAGCACUUGAGGAGAACAAAAAAUUACAAAAUUCAUUACAAAAUCAAAGGACGUCGUCCGAGAAACAACAACAGGAAUUUCAAACCCAACAUACAAAAUUGAUUGAACUGGAAAAAAAUUACGACACGACAGUGAAAGAAAAACAACGAGUUCAGUCUUUAUUGGAAAGCGUACAAAGACGAGCAGAUGAUUUAGAACGUAGUUUAGAACUUGCAAAUCAAAAAAUCGAAGAAUUAAAAAUUAUCGAAAAUAACGUAAACGAAAUUAAUUCCAAGUGUCUUGAUCUUGAAUCAAAACUUGCGACAGUAGAACGAGAGAAAGAUAUAGCACUACGUGAUGUUCAUCGGUAUCGAGAAACAAUAGAAAAAAAAGAUGUUGCAUUGGACACAGCAACAAAUAGUAUUGAAGUUCUAGAAAAGAAAGUAACGCAACUUGAACAAGAACUUCAUGAUUCUGUUACACAAAUUUCAAGAUUACAAGAAAUUGAAAGAUCUAGUAAGGAAUUAGAUUCACGGGCAGCUAUUGAUAGAGAAACAUUAGAAAUUCUACAAUCGAGUUUAAUAGCUGAAAAAUUGAAUACACAACAGAUGUAUGCAAUUCUAGAAAAACUUGGCCUUAGUAGUGAGAUAUUGUUAUCACUUUCAUUUGAUAACAUCAUUAAAAAGAUCGCGCAAAUUCCGGAAAUUGUUGAUUAUAUAAAAAAUACAGAUAAUUUUUGCUAUUAUGAAAACUCAGUACCUGAAACUACGAAUUCCGAGGAUAAUGCAACUAGUAAUAUUCAUAGUACAUUAAAGGCAACAGUAGAAACGCUUAAAAGGGAACAAGAACAUUUAAAUAUGAAAUUGGCUACUGCACAAGUCGCAUCAGAAAAUCUUUUGUCUGAAAAUGCGAAACUUCAAGUUCAGAUAACGACACUACAAUCCCAAAGUAAUUCUUUAGCAGCACAACAUACAGCCUUGCAGCUUGCAAAUUCGCAACUUGUCGCUGAGAAAGAAGAGUUGUUAAAGGAACGUAGUACUCAACAACAAGCGCACACACAACUGGUUCACGAUCAAAUCACUCUGCAAUCUUUGCACGAGCAAUUAAACAAUGAAUAUGAAAAUCUUUUCCAUGAACACGAUGCUCUUAAAUCAAACUUACGAGAUGUAAAAAAUGAAAUUAGAAUGUUACGCGAAUCUUAUGAAGGAUUGAAAGAAAGAAACAGGACAUUACUAUCUGACAAGGAAUCGCUGGUGAAUAAUGCGAGAAGUUUAAAUAAUUUGAGAGGAGAACAUUCGAAACUGAAGGACGAUUUUAGAAAUCUGUACACUGCUACAGAAAAAUUGAAAAUAGAAUAUAGAAAUUUACAAGAAGAUUAUAGAAAAAACAAAAUUGAAACAAACCGAUUAAGUCUUAAGUUAACAGAAAUGCAAGGCGAGCUUAGUAGUAGAGAUGAAAGAUGUUCCAAUUUAGAACUUCAAAUUAAUAAAUUAAAUCAACGUUGUGAGGUUCUAUUACAUAUGAAUUCUGGUUUAGAUAAUGAUAGGCGUUCUUUGAUGGAUCAUAUUACUUUACUCUUUAGUCAAUAUCAUGAACUUCUGACUCAUUCUCUUGAAGACAAAGAACAUUAUCAUAUGGAAGAAAAAAUGUACACGGACAAAGUAAAUCAUCUAUACAGACAAAAAGAAAAAUUAGAAGAUAAGAUUAUGGAACAUUAUAGAAAAUUGGAAAGUUGUAGUCCAAAAAAAAAAGGAUUUGGAGCUAAUUUCGUUCGAAGGGUUCGAAAAGCUGGAUCAGAAUUUCUUAAUAAGAAUCGACGAUCUUGGAUGGAAGAUUCCAAACACUCGGAAGGAAAAGCUUAUGAGUCAGAAUCUGGUGGAAAUGACUCUGAUGUUAGUAUAGAAGAUCAACGAUUAGCAGGAUCAACUAGAGGUCUUGGAUCAGACGCGUUAUCUCUUGGACAUCCAGGAACUAGAAGAACAGUAUAUUACAGCGAUGAUUCUCCACCGCCGUCAACUACCUUACCAGAACAGGGAGAUGACAGACGUUCCAUAUUGUUGGAACAAACUUCACGAUCGGAGGUGCAAGCGGAACCUCGACCGGUUCUGAUAUACAACAAAGUAUCGGCAGUUAUAAACGAAUCAAAAAAUCUAAACAGUAUUGAAAUGAAGGAUGUAGGGGAAGAAGAGACAGUGAUAGAAAUUUCUGUGGAUAAAGAUUCUAAAGCGGGUAAUCAAGUGUGGUACGAAUAUGGUUGCGUAUAAUUUUACGUUACUUUCAUCUAUUUGCUUGUACUUGCCACAAAGAUCAAGAUUUAUUGUACCUCGAUUUUUUUACUUUUUAAUUCAACGAAUAUUUUCCACAAAUUCGUAUGAACGAUCGACUAUUUCAAAAGACUUUCAGUAGCAAUUUUAAUUGAGUGUUCACGAGUUCCUAGAAAGUUUUUUAUGAAAGUAAUAUAAAUUAUCAAUUUAUUUUCGAAUUUCAUAUUUAUUCUAAAUAUUUGAUAUUUUUAAUACAUCAUUUUUAUUAGCAUGAUCUUAUACAUUUAUACUGAUACGCGUUCAUAAAAAGUUGAUGUAUAAUCAUGUGCUAUGUAAGUGUACAUCAGUUUGCAGAUAACAAAGCGAAAGCAUUUUGUUUUGACAGUGUCAUCACUAUGUAUAAUGUAUAGUUCAAUUAGUUAGUCUAUCAGUCAUUAAACUAGUUGUAUUAAUUUUAAUGCCUAAAUUUCGCAUUUAUGAAGUAUAAAAAUAAUUAAA